AUAAAAAUGAAUAGUGGUUGACUUUUGUUUAGAAAUUGUAAACUUGGAAAGGGAUUAAUUUCUUUUAAAACAAUAGUUUUGUGAGGGGUAAUCAUCGCUUAAGCAAUAAAGCUUUCAAAUGCAAACGUAUAGGCCAAAUUUACUUAGAAAUAAUAACUGAGGAAAUAUGAGCUACGAAGACGAUGAUGAUUAUCACGUGGAUACGUUUCCAAAAGAUUUCGGUUACGGUGCAUUUGAUGAAGAUGGUUUAAAUUCAGGUAGCAGUGAAUCAAAGCCUCGUAUAUUAUUAAUGGGUCUACGGCGGUCUGGCAAAAGUUCAAUACAAAAAGUUGUUUUUCAUAAAAUGUCACCAAAUGAGACAUUAUUCUUGGAAUCGACGAGUAAAAUCGUAAAAGAUGAUAUCAACAACUCCAGUUUUGUGCAGUUUCAGAUAUGGGAUUUUCCUGGCCAAAUUGACUUCAUUGAUCCGACAUUUGAUUCUGAUAUGAUAUUUGGUGGUUGCGGAGCUUUAGUGUUUGUAAUUGAUGCAAAAGAUGAUUAUAAUGAAGCUUUAACUAAAUUUAAGAACACUGUAAUCAAAGCCUAUAAAGUCAACCCACGAAUCAAGUUUGAAGUUUUUAUACAUAAGGUUGAUGGCAUUAGUGACGAUUCAAAAAUGGAAUCACAACGUGAUAUACAUCAACGAGCUUCUGACGAUCUAGCUGAUGCUGGGCUUAAUUUAAUACAUCUAAGUUUCCAUUUGACUUCCAUAUAUGAUCACUCUAUAUUUGAAGCGUUUUCAAAAGUUGUGCAAAAAUUAAUUCCUCAGUUGCCUACACUUGAAAACUUACUUAAUAUAUUUAUAUCGAAUUCAGGCAUUGAGAAAGCAUUUCUCUUUGAUGUUGUGUCGAAAAUAUAUAUUGCUACAGAUUGCUCACCAGUUGAUAUGCAAGGUUAUGAAUUAUGCUGUGACAUGAUUGACGUUGUAAUAGACUUGUCCAGUAUAUAUAGUUCAGAAGAGACAGCAUUUGACCAUGAAAGUUCUAGUCUUAUUAAGCUGAACAAUAAUACCAUUCUAUAUUUACGUGAAGUAAACAAAUUUUUGGCACUUGUUUGUAUACUAAGGGAAGAAAACUUCAAUCGUCAGGGUGUUAUCGAUUAUAAUUUCUUAUGUUUUCGAGAAGCUAUUAGUGAGGUUUUUGAAUUACGUAUGAGAAAUCAAAAACUUGAAACAUUAGAUGAACAAAUUGAAAGAGAAGAUGAUGAAAACGAUGAUAUAGAUGAUAAUUGUCUAGCAAUAACUCCUAAAAUAGUAUAGUAAUUAUGUCUUCUUUAUAUUUUUCUACAUGCUAUUGCUGUUAUUGUUUUUAUAAUGUUUUAUUUAAAUCAAAUUUAUGUAUUUUGCCAUAUUAUAUAUUCCAUUGAAAUACAAUUUUAAAUUGUUUAAUUUUCCCUUUACUUCUGUAAGCUUAAAUAAAGCAUUAAAGCCGAUUCUAUAAUUUUUUUUCAACUAUGACAUUUAAUAAUAAUUUACAAAAAGAAAAAUAUCACUGAAACUCUCUUAACCUUUCAUUGUACUAAUUUAAAGCUUUAUUUUUGAAUAAAAUGUUAAAUGAUAAAAAAAAUACUUUAAGAUUACUCAAUUUAUGUCAAAUUAAUAUGUUUUAUUUUUUAAAAGAUACUUUUUAUUGUUCUUUAGUAUGCUAAACUAAAUUAAAGUACAAAACCAUGCAGAUAUAAUACAACAGAGACACGAUUUUUUUAUUUUAGAUUAUUAUUAAAAUUAUAUAAAUUAAAACAAAAUACAGAAUUCAAUAAAAUAAUGCUU